AUGGCAUCAACAGAGAGAACUUCUAUCGAUAAUAAUAAUACUUCAUCCUCAUCUAAUCAUAACGAUGAAAAGAAAACAUCAUCAAAUCAUGAUAAAGAAUCAGGUUUUGAGUGCAAUAUUUGUCUAGAAACAGCUCAUAAUGCUGUUUUAUCUCUUUGUGGUCAUUUAUUUUGUUGGCCAUGUAUUCAUCAAUGGUUAGAAACACGUGCACAUAAUCCAACAUGUCCAGUAUGUAAAAGUAGUAUAUCACGUGAAAAAUUAAUUCCAAUCUAUGGACGAAAUGCUCCUCAAACUGAUCCACGAGAUACUAUACCACCAAGACCAGCUGGUACAAGACAAGAAGCUCGUCAAAAUCGAAGUUUUGGAUUUGGUGAAGGUGUUAAUUUUCAAAUGUCAUUUGGUGUUGGUGCUUUUCCAUUUGGUCUAUUUCAAACAACAUUUACAACCAAUAAUGCAAAUCAUUUUUAUGAUCCACCACCACCUGGUACACCUGAACGAUAUCAACAUGAAUUAUUAUCACGUGUAUUUCUUGGCAUUGCAUUAGCCGUGAUUUUAUUUAUUAUAUUUAAUUGA